GUCAAACCGAAAAAGAAAAAUCUUGAUUACAAAUAUUGCAUUUAUUUCUUGGUUCGUUUCCUUGCCCUUCUGGCUGGUUCAGAUUGUUUGGAUCUGCAUGGCAGAGAACGAUAACAGAGCAAAAUUGGAGACUGCACGAUAUGAUUUGGAAAUCUGUAUAUAUUUGCCCGAAGGCUAUCUUUGCACAAUUAAAUUUGUUUUAAUUCCAUCAGCACCUACACAGGAAUAUGCAUCAGAUAUAAGAGUUUUAUACAAAUGCGUCCAUCUAAAUAAAACAUAGAUUGUACAAGGGACAACUGUAGUAACGUUCGCGAGGAAUUCCGCGGCGAAAAUAGAAAUAAACCCUAUACCACGCCCGCUUAGCUUCUCAGUCGAUUCAGGUUGGUUUCAGGGUCGACUUAACCAGUCACAAAAUAAAUUACCAUGUUGGUCUGGUUGUUUUAAAAAACAGAUCCCCAAUCAUAACAGACAACACACAAUUAUCCAGAAACCGGAAUUUCAUGGGCAAAUUGUGGGAUUGCCUGGGAAAACUAAUGGAAAACUUUGUGAAUGCGCAGUGUAUGUAGAUAUCAACGUAAUGUGGAAAUAGCUGUGCGCAGUGUUCUAUGAAAACGACAUUGUAAUCGUUGUAGAUGUUGAAACCCGGGCUGUGUGUGUAAGUGAGGGAAGGCUGCCUCUGUAUCCUAUAUAGGGAUAAGCUGUCUUUCAGGGAAACGAACUUUCCCUAUGUUGUUGCCUACAAGGAAGAGAAGUUAAACAUCCUAAACCUUGGAGUAAAAAUCAGAGUCGGAUAUCGAGAAGAUUUACUUGUUAUUUAUUUCCAUUUAUGCAGUUCGCCACAAGCAAAUCAUUCUUUUUCAACCAAUAUCAAACUAAAGGAUUACAUACAUGAUUAAUACGAAAUAAACGUUUUAAAUUGAAUUGAAUUUAAAACGUUAAUUGAGUUACAAAAUAUUUUGAAUUAUUAGGGUGUAAUGCUGAAUAACAAACGGAUCAGAUCAACGUUUGCAGCUUCUUAAUAGUUGUACCUAUCGUCAGCAGAAGCCAAUUCCACAAAUUACUUUACAUAUGCAUUAUACACAAACCUAUGCACUUACAAACUUACUAAACAGGAAUUUUUUACUCGCAUACACAUUUUGUGUCUGUGUUCCUGUAUAUGUCGUCAGUUAAAUAAAAUCGAAUUUCAGGUAACAGAAAUCAGCUUUCAUACCCAAGGUUUAACAGGGUUUUAAGUGUGAACCAUUUUAUAAAUAAACCUAUAUGGAAAAUAGGUUGCAAAGUGUGAACGUCAGACCUUUCAGAUUAUGUUUUGCUGAUGCGAAUCUGGCUUUACUCAUGUUUGCCAGCAGGGGGCGCUACAGGAUCAUGCUGGCUAAAUCAUAGCAAGUAUUCUCACUGCAUGAAUUACCCCCAGGGUCAGGCACAAGAAUUUACGACUGGUCAACAAAAGCACGUGAUCUAAACUUGUGCCCCAUAUUUGGUUGCAUACGUAGAAAGCAGAGAAAUGACAUGUGCCUUUUAUUUCCAUAUUUCAUUAUAUAUCGCUCGGUCUAGUGCCGAAUAAACGUCUAAGAACCACAAAUCAAAACCCGUUAAAGGCAGAUGAGUUCCUACUUUUUAAACUCCUUCUCAGGUCGCUACCAAAAUGGCCACGAUUAUCAGUUGCCGAGUUAUGGAAAUACUGCUUCUGUCGGCGAGCAUUUCAGGGAGUCGACGAUGCUCUCCGCCAGGUAUGGCUAUGAUUACACCGGGAUAGACCUCAGCAUGACUCGUUCGAACUCAAAUCUGUGUGGUGACAAUGAAAGGUCCACCAAUUACCUGCAAACAGUCAAUAACACCUUUCAUAGUUCAUCUGGGGUGAAAAUGAAAUCGCCUGAACCUGCCUUCUGUUCGGGAUCUUUAAUAAGCUCAUCAGAUAGUGCUAUUAAGACGGGGGCUAUUAUUACAGAAUCCAAUCAUUCAUACCACGGUAACCAGGACACAUCGCCGGUUAACGAUGAACAUCCUAAGGGGACGAACAGCCCCAAACCGGAAAGUGGGCAACUAGACAAGGAUCCAGCACUGCAAAUGCAGAUAUACCCAUGGAUGAAAAAGAUGCACCUUAACCAAGAAGGCUUAAGUGGGCUAGAAGGGAAACGAACGAGGACAGCAUAUACUCGGUACCAGACCCUGGAGCUGGAGAAGGAAUUCCAUUAUAACAGAUACCUUACACGACGCCGCCGGAUAGAAAUCGCUCACGCCCUGUGCCUGACUGAAAGACAAAUUAAAAUCUGGUUCCAAAACCGAAGAAUGAAAUGGAAAAAGGACAAUAAAUUGAAAAGUAUAAAUGUCAGCCCCCCAGGAGUAGGCUUUCAGCCAUAGCUUGUUUCAUCCUAAUUCUGGCUAUACAAUAUUACUGUCCAGAUGAUCUUUUAAGUUGCAAUAGGAAAGGUUGUUUGGCCACAUUAGGUGCUCCUCUAUGAGAUGCGUUUAUUAAUACGUUGUUCUCAUAUGGGUACAACGUCUUGCUAUCAAUUUACCAAGAAAAGAAUACAAUUUAUCAGUUGUCACCAACAGAUGUUAAAUCAUGUUUUUAUACAUUGAUGGUAAUAGCCAUGCCUAAAUUUAGAUUAUAAGACAGCGAGCGAGAGAGGGGUCAAACGACUUAAUGUAGCCAAGCAAGCCAUUUAUCUCUUGAGAACAGAAUGAAGUUGUGCUGAAUAUCUGGUUUCUGAACAAACGAAUCCCAUACCGGAAUAGAGCUUCGCUAAGAUUUUAAAUUAAUAAUAUUUUAUAAACUUAGAUGAAUAUUGUUCCUGUCAUCUCUUUUUACAUCAAACUUUCUUUUGUUUGAUUUUGCCUUGGAAUGUUUAUGGCACAAGUGUUGCUGUGGUCCCAGGUAUAUAUGUCUUGUAUAUUCUGUACAGAUAUAAUGUCUGAAUGUCUGACUUUGUCCUAUGUACAUGAAAUAAGUGAUUUUCAUUUUGCCUACAUUGAAAUAAAGUCAGUUUUAUCAAUAAA